AUGAAUCCGCUGCGCGGUUGCUAUCGCGUACUCGCCAACAAUGCGAGCCGCCGUUCCAGCGCAGUCUUGGCGUCUACAGCCCUAAGACAGCCUUCGGUGUUGCAAGUACAACUUCGCCAUGCGUCGUCGACAGGGAGGGCGCGGCCAAAGACCGCCAUCUUCUUCCCGGGGCAAGGCGUUCAGAAGGUGGGCAUGCUCACUCCCUGGAUCGAGGCAUUCCCGGUCACAGCCACGUCAAUCAUCCAAGAAAUCGACCAUAUCGUGGGGUACAAGCUAUCCGAUGUGAUACAAGAGGGCCCUGGGAGAGUGCUCAACGCGACGCCAAACGCACAGCCCGCCAUCAUGGCGACGUCGAUACUAAUCCUCCGUAUCCUCGAGAAGGAGUUUGGCUUCAAGACAUCAGAGCGCGCCGACUUUACGCUAGGCCACUCUCUUGGGGAGUUCGCGGCUCUCGUAUCCAGCGGAUUCAUCGAAUUCGAGGACAGCCUGUUCCUCGUGCAAAAGCGAGCCGAAGCCAUGGCGGCGGCCACGAAGCGUGCUGAGGCUGAGUAUGGCGGCGAGUACGGCAUGGUGGCCAUAGUGAGCGAGCCCGAGUACCUGCAGUCGCUGGUAAAUGCCAUUCACGAGUUCGUCGGUCAUAGUAGUCCCGGGAGCAAGUCGGAGAGUGCGGAAGACCGGUCACCUAUCGAUCAAGUGCUCAUUGCCAAUAUCAACAGCAAGAACCAGAUCGUUUUGAGUGGCAACAUUGACCGCAUAAAGACGCUGGUUGCGCAUGUCCGACAGUUUUUGGGUCACGAUCCGCGCGCGGUGCGAUUGAAGAGCGACAGUCCGUUCCACAGCCCGAUAAUGAAGCCGGCUGUGGCGGUCAUGCAGAAGGUAUUGGCGGGCACCAGCCGGGUGAAGGGGCGGGAAAGUGAUGAUAUCAUUACCUGGCCCGGCACGGUGCCUUGUGUCAGUAAUGUCACGGCCAGGCCGUUCCAGAGCAAAGCCGACGUGAAGGACUUGUUGGCGAGUCAGUGUCUCGAGACGGUGAGGUGGUGGGACAGCAUAAAGUACCUCGACCAGGAACAGAAUAGUCAGGCGAAGAGACCCGAGUACCUGGUUGACGAGGAGUAG